AUGGGGUCAUCCAUCUUCUUUGAUGCUCACUUCGAUGCCAUUGUCGAGCAGGCACUGAAGUUUUAUCAUUGUCCUGGACUGUCUAUUGCCGUUGUCCACAAAGGCACUACGUAUGCAAAAGGUUAUGGCUUUGCAAAUAUUGAAUCAAAAACAGCCGUGACCCCUGAAACACUUUUCUACACUGGAAGUACCACCAAAUCCUUUACCGCUGCAGCGUAUUCCAUCAUCGCAUCUGAGCCAUCUAAAUAUGGUGGUGUGGACUGGAGUACACCCAUAUCUCAUAUUACCCCAGAAGACUUUGUGCUUGCAGAUGAGUGGGCGACUAAUCACGUUACCGUCAAGGACGCUUUGUCCCAUCGCACAGGUUACCCAGGGUGCGACAUGGCGUAUGGUCAAGUAGGAACAAAUAUGAAAGAUACGAUCAGGCUCUUGCGGCACCUGCCCAUGGUUGCCGAGCCGAGGGUGGAAUGGCGGUACCAGAAUAUUAUGUAUACAGCAGUCAGCAACGCUAUCGAGAAAGUCACUGGCAUGUGGUUAGGAGAUUUUUUGCGUCAAAACAUUUGGACUCCACUGGAUAUGGCUAGCACUUUCUUCACCUUGGAGCAUGCAUUGCAAUAUGUCAAAGCAAGCAAGGGACAUAAUGUACAGCUGGCCACAGGUUAUCGAUGGGUGGCUGCAGAUGAAUAUGGCUGUCGAUUUCUGACUGGUGACAAUCAAGCUGGUCAUUUUGUCGAAGAGCCCUACAUGAACCUGUCACAUGUAUCGGGAGCUGGCACAAUGAUUAGUUCGGUCGUUGAUUAUGCCAAAUACCUCCAUUGCAUGCUGCAACAAUCAGAACCUAUUCCCCCUUUGGGCCACCGAGCUCUUCGUCAGGCUCAUACACUGAUUAACUCCGAAGUGUUUCCAACUUUCCAUGAAAUCUACGCACGUGGCGGCGGUGGGCCAGUUGAGAUAUACCGUCAUCCGGGUGCACUUUACGGCUUCAGGGCGGAGAUGGUAUAUGUUCCCAAACUCGAGCUUGGAAUCAUUACACUUGGAAACGGGGCCCCAACCGCUACUCAGGUUGGUCAACUAUUAGUGUAUGAGAUAGUGGACAACUUGCUUGGUAUUGAUCGUUCAGCUCGGUUUGAUCUGAAGAAGGAACACAUUGCUCAAGAAGAGGCACUUUUGAAGACGCUGCCGCUACAAAUAUCCCAGAAGAGACUCUUUGGGCCCUUUACUGGCAGCGUCAGGCCUUUGCGUAUAUCCAUGCAGGAUCAUGCUGGGAAGUACUCGAAUGCAGGCUAUGGUGAAGUAACAAUCAGUGUUCGAAGCCGUGAUGCAAACUAUAAACUCGCCGAACUGAGCGACAGCGCUGGUCAAGUCACGGAUCAUUUCCUCCGCCUCUCUCCGUCCCCCCACACAUGGCGCUGGGCUGCAGAUCUUACCCACGUCUCAGACGAGUGGUUCCUUGCCAGCUUCGUCAACUCGUAUCCGCCACUGGAGUUCAAGCAAAACCCAGAUCGGUAUCAGUACGGCGAUGAAGGUGUGCUGGAGACCCGUGUGAGGGCAGUGUUCAAGCUUGAACCCCAGGGGGCCGUCAGGCGACUGGGAAUUGAGCUCGAGCCAGACGUUGCUGAUGCUGAGGAAGCAAAGCAGAGAAGAGGCAAGGGUGACAAGAGGACAGAUGGAGUGUGGGACUGGGAUAUAGAAAAGGGGAUGAUUUGGUUUGAGCGGAUUGAUUGA